AUGACAAAUAUAACAUUUUCUGAUAAAGAUAAAGAGGAUAGCGAGGCUGAAAAUGGAACAAAAAUAGGUCAUAAAAGACAAUUGUCAACUUCAAAUUUACAACAAUCACAAAAACGUCGAGUGUAUGUCAACAUGCCAUUACCAACAGAAGAGCUUGAUCAGCAUGGUGAACCUAAAAUAUCUUUUGUACCAAACAAAAUAC